AUGGCUAUAACAACACUGCAAGCAAUCUUUAUAUUGUAUCCUUUUGUACUUUUUUACUUUGUGAUAAACAGGGCCUUUUUGACAAUGGCGAACCAAGCAACUGCUGAAACAUCCUCCAUUUUCUCCCUGGGUUCUACUAGAGGGCACACAAAAGAGAAGAAGGACAGAGCUUUAAAAGCUGCAAAACUGAAUGCCUCUCUUGCAUCUAAAAUCAAAACUAAAAUAAUAAACAACUCUUCUAUUUUUAAGAUAUCUUUAAAACAUAAUAAUAAAGCGUUGGCUCUGGCUUUGACUCUGGAGAAGGAAAAUACUCGGAGGCUGAAGAAUGAGAAGAUCUUUCUACAGAAAGAAGUAGAGGAGUUGCAUUUUCAUAAUGUCGUACUUCGUCAAAAAUUAAACUGUUUGAAUAAAACUCUCAUAGAAAUAGAAGCAUUUAUGAAUAGCAACCUUUUAACAGCAAUUGAAAUGAGCAGUUUUUCUGAGCAUAUUCAGAAUCCUCUUACAGUGCCAAGUGGUCAAAGCAGCUGUGUUGAUCAUCAGUCCAAGACUUCAUAUCAUUCAGUUAGGUAAUAUGGGUCUGUUUCACAAACUGGAUCUGUAGGAAUGCCAAUGAAGGUUCCAUUAAUUGCAGUACAUAAAGCAAAACAGCAAGGCAGCCCUUCAUUGUGUGAAAAAUCAGAAGAUCUUUGUAACCUCUCCUCUGUAGUAUCAAAUGAAAUUUGCCCAGCUCAGAUCAGUGUUGAAUUGUUGUUAGAGUCUGAGAAAAAUAAGCAAAAGUCAAAUGAAAUAGACAAAAUGGAAACAAUCUUUGACUCAAAUAUAUUUUUCAGAGAAAAUCAGCCAUGUACAUUACUAAGCUCCAAUAGUGCCCUCAUGUCUGAUCUGGAUAAUGUGCCAUCUGUGGGACAGUCUGAAGAGUUUACAAAACCACAUGAUAGUCCAUUACCACUCUGUGGAAAUGUGACUGAAAGGAAAAAACAUGCAACAUCUUGUAGAUCAAACACUGAUGCAGGUAUAGCGGAUUUUAAUAAAAAAGUGACCCCAAGUAAUGUGUCAGAUUGGAGCAUUGACAAGGGCAACACCACCAAUGAAAUGAGUGUGCAAGCAAAACCAAAUGUGUUGUCUCAUCCUGAUUCACCACUUCACCCUAGCAAUGAAUUUAAGACAAAUUCAAAUGAGGUCCAUUUUGGUAACCAGCUAAAGCCCGAGGAAACUGUUUAUGAUACUGAAAUGGAACUGACUGCCAGUGAUGUGGGUAAGAUACUCACAAUUACAUCAAAAGCCAAAAAUAAAAGGAAUAGUAAUGCCAAAACUGAUAAAAUUUCAGCAAAUUUGAGAAAAGUGAGGUAUUCAAACACAGGAAAAAAAGAUAAAGAGAAAAUUAAAAGCAAUCCUAAAGGCAGUUCAGAUUUUCAUAGUGAAAAAAGGCACAAAAAUACUGAAAAGAUUAUAGAUUCAAACACUAGUGAAUCAGACACUCCAAAGUUUCGGUUGGAGGCAGAACAGAUGGCUAAAAGGAAUGCUUUGGGAGAGCUGACACUACAAAGGACCGAUGAAUAUGAUGUACAGAAUUCCCAAUACAACGAUAAAGCUACCAGAAGGACGUAUCUAGUUAAUUUAGCAAGCCCAAGUAAACAACAAAAAACUGAUUUACAACAGAAAAUAAACAAACAAAUUCUCUCAGAAAGAUUAGAAAAUAUGGACAAGUUUCAAAACCCAGAUUCUAGCUCAUCUAAUAGCAAGGCCCCAUCAAAAGAUUAUUGUACUAAAAGUGUGCCAUAUAUAGAAAACCACAUCUCCGGCGUAUUGUCUUUACAGCAGGACUUAGUGGAUGUAAAUGAGAAACAUAUCAAACCAAAAAGAAACAGCAAGACUUUCCAAAUCCCUUCUACAGUAAGCAAAACAAAUGACUGUAGAGAGGAAAUUGAGGAGCAUUCAGCCAGUAGUUCAAAACAGCCUGGAGCAAAGGCAUGCAAACCUGAUUGCAAGAUAAAACAACACCAGAAGAGUGAAUGUCACAAAGAAGAUAAUUACAGUGACAGGAGAGAACCACAGACUUCUAGUCACUGUGUAGAUAUAAAAAAAAUAGAACGAAAGAGUAAUAAGGUUUCGCUGGGCAGUUCAAAGAAUGUAUUGGCAAAAGCUAGCCUGAAAACUAAUAUACAGCCAGAUGAUUUUACACAGUGCACACUUUCUGUAAGGCAAGAGUUAAAAAACGAGAACAUGUUGCACACUGAUAUUGUUCAUGGAAACAAAACUACAAAUACUCAGCAAAUUCAGGGAAUUUUAGAUAUUAAGAGCAGUGUAACUGUAAACAAACAGUGGUCUAGAUCUUCCUUGAAGAAGGUGGAUGAAUAUAAUGUUAAUAUGUUAAAGAAAGGGGUAGACCGUAUAUCAAAGGCAAAUAAAAAGACUUGUAUUGUCAUUUCUCCAGAUGAUCAGAUUAAAAACAAUGAGAGGCUUAUUUCUGAGACCAGGCUAGAAGAAUGUGACAUCAGGCAAGUUGACCAGGUGGAACAGAAUAUUUUAGAUGACCAAAAGGUCAGAACAGGGAGAGAUCCCUUCAUGAACAAGUUGAUCAAUAAAUCAGUAUUAACGAACAUUAUGAUUGAAGAACCAUGCCUUUUAAAAUUCUCACCUGUGACCUGUUCUAAGGAUAUGCUGUUUAAUUCAUGCAACUUUUUGCAGGAGGGUCUCCCACAACUGGAGCUCUCUGCUGUUGAUUACCAUAAAAUUUCAGAAAACUUCCCUGUACUGAAGAACUCAGAAAUCUUUGAAAAAUCUAACUAUGAGAAAGUAUUGUGCGCUAACAGAGCAAAGAAGAUGGAGACAGAUUUUAAAGUGUCUUGCCAAAAACUCUCAGGAACAGGCAGUGGUAGAAAGGCCCUGCAAGAUCAGACAAAUACCAGUUUAUACUCCGACACUUCCUUGCCUAAACUCCAGAACAUUUUAGAAAAAAACUCAAUACCAGCUAGACGGAGACGAACCUCGGUUUGCUACAAAGAACCCAAAAUAAGCAGUAAAUUGAGGCGUGGGGAUCAGUUUACAGAUUUGGAAUUUCUGAAUUCCCCAGUCUUCAAAGUUAAAAAUAAAAGAAGUUUCAAAAGUAAACCAAGACUAAUCUGAGGAAGACAAGCAAGAAGAGAACUGCCUUUAAGAAUAAUACAAAUUUUAAAAUAUAUAAUAUCAUAUUUUUCAAAAUUGGGUAAAUCUUCCUUACUGUUCUUUUGUUUAACUAAGCUUGUUCAGGUUAACUAAACUUGUUCUGCUUACCUUCCAAAGUGGAGUUUUUUGUGACUGAGGUCCUGGUCUUACACUUCUUAGGCAGAAUACCUCCCUGAGUAAGGCAAGUAGGAUUAGAGACCCUACAUUUGUGUUAUGAACUUUUUCUCAAUAACUUUAAUCUGUUUCAAGACUGCUUACCAUCUUUAAAUUUAAAAAAAAGUUGGAAAUUUUACUAAGAAUAAAAACAAAUCACUAGAUUUUGGGGGGAAAUCCAUUGUGGUGUUUUCACAAUACUAAGCAGAUUUUUUUCUCAUUCUGAAACAGACUCACAGACUAAAUCUGGUGGCAACAGUCCCAUGCAUUCUUUUUUUUAAUUACAAAAUUAUAAUCCUAUCAUAAAAC